AUGGUUAGUUUCAAGGGAAGGACUGCAUCUACCACGAGCAUCCCCUUUGUCAAGACGAUCAGCAAAGAACAGGGACGUAAUGCCACAGCAAAUACCAAGGCCCAAGAACCAGCGCGCAAGGAUGUCGAACGCAUUUUUGGGGCUUUGAAGGCUCGCUUCCAUAUCAUGGACUGUCCCUGCAGACUAUGGCGCCAUGCGACGAUCGUCUCCGUGUGGGUAGCUUGUGUUAUUAUGCACAAUAUGAUUGUAGAGAACGCGCUCGAACACGUGGAACCGUGUGACCAAGACUGCGGUCACUUCAAAGUCGACACAACGACCACCGACGAAGAUGAUUCUCGGUUUGAUCGAUUUCUUCGUAUGAAAAAGACUACUGAGGCGUAG